AUGGAGGUGCUACGAACCGCCCCGGAAGCAUCGACUCUCGUCCCCCUCGCAGAGCACCAGUCGCGAACACCCAGCUCAUUCCAUGACGGUCCCGCAGUGCUUCACUAUCAUAGCCAGCGCUGCAAGGUCGUGAUCCUCGAGCGCGACCUCGUCGCCAACCCCGUUCUCAGCGCAUUGUGUGGAGCGAACGCUUCGAAUGGAUCUACAGAGGACGAUGAGAAAGAGAUGUCUAUCGAAGAUGUCGAGACAUGGGUGACAUCCGAGAAAUUCCUUCUCUUUUCUGCAGCCGCCUCCGCUGGUGUCUCGAUCCCUUACCCUUCCAUCUCCUUGCACGCUAUCCAGCGCCUGCGCGUACCGGGCACCGACGCCGAAGUCCAAGGUCUUUACAUGCAGAUCGCGACACCGUCUGCACCCGCCGAAGAUGACGAGGAACAGUGCAUCACGCUGACCGUGGUACCGCCCGCUGCGGAGAGCACAACAGAUGAGGAGCCGGAGGAGACGCCUACGCAAAUGCUGUAUAAUGCCGUAUCGGCUUGCUCGAACCUGCACCCGGACCCUGUGGAGCCCGGGGAUGAGGAUGAGGACGAGUCCAAGUUCCUCUCAGCCGAGGAACAUGGACAAGCUUUGUUCCAGCUGGGACGGGAUGCGCUGGGCUCGAGCAAUGGGGAUCUGCCACCGCCUGUGGAGGGAAGCUCUGGAUGGAUCACGGCGGACAAUAUGCAUGAGUUCUUCGAUGAGGAUGGGAAUUGGAUUGCGCAGGGCGAGCCGCCCGCUUUCCCACUUGGUCCCGGUGCUGGUACCGUGAGGGAGAGGGAGAACGGAGAGGAAAAUGGCGAGGAAGAGAGCGAUGAGACGAAGUGGCGGAGGACUGAGUAA